AGCAGCCCACAUCGGAAGAAGCGCACUGCCAUCGAUCCAUCAAUUAGUAGUUUAGUUUAUUUUACCUUAGUCAAAACUAGAACGGAAGCAGUGCAAUGGCAUCUUUCAAGUUUGUGUGUAGUGUACUGUGUGUGCUGAUUGCCGUUCAGACCGCCACCGCUGAAGAUGGCACUGUACGUGGCCUGCGGAAAGUUUACUCCCUCUGUGAAGACAGUGACGAACUGCUCAAGUGCAUCAAGAUCCAGGCGCUCAAAUUGACGGACCGUGCUAUCAAGCUGCCAAGCAUCAAGCUGGUUGAUGGAAUGUCGAUCGUGAAAAAGGCCGAAGGUGACAACCAACAGCGUGCCCUGAACGAACCCACGCUGAACGAACUCGAACUGAACAAGCUGUCCUCGGCCAAGAUCGACGAGCUGCUGUACCAACGUGCUGCCCGUUUCAUGGAUUCCCACCAGCUUUCGCUGAACGUGCCACGUAUGCUCGUCUCGGGACAGCAGGAAACCGGACGUCUGGUCGAGGAAGGUCGCAAGAAGAUGAAGAAGUACCUCGGACCAUUCCUCGCUGCAAUGGCUAUCAAGGGAGGUAUCCUAACCAUGGUGUACCACUCCAUCGCUAUCGUUGCUGGUAAGGCUCUGAUCAUCGGUAAGAUCGCCCUGGUCAUCUCCGCCAUCAUUGGUCUGAAGAAGCUGGUCACCCCAGAGGGUCACGAAAAGACCACCUACGAAAUCGUGAAGCACCCACACGUCCAGCAGAGCCAUACCUACUCGUCAAACCAUGGUGAAUUCGAUACCCAUGAGUCCGGCCAGUUCCACCGUAGCUUCGGAAACUCCAUCAGCGGCGAUAUGCAGAUGCAAGAUCGUGCAUACCGGGCCCAUGUUCCAAAGAACUAAAUCCACCUUCGAGAGAACCCACACCCGAACCCGAACAUAACCCGUGCUCCAAUCGGUCAUUAGGAUUUACGUCGAAAACCCCACUGCAGAAAAGAAGAAAAAACCUUAGGAUAGAAAGACUUUCAGGGAGUAACCGCGGUACGUGACAAACUCCCUGACGUGCGCGCACUUCGAGAUCUCGUCGAUCGAAAUAACCACUCCAAAAAAGCAGACAUUGGAAGCUUGCAGCCAGAAGACAGCCCAACGCAGCUGAGUCCCCGAAGGGUGGAUCAACCCCAAACCAACUAUUUCCCAAUUUCCCAACCCCAAAAUGUUACAGUUUGAUCCCCAUUCCGUCGUUCUCAGCUGCUUUGUAACGUUAUCUUGUAUUUAUUAUUUAUUGUAAUUGUAAUUAAUUUAUUGACAACAUUUAUGUCCCAGUCCCCAAACCAUUCUCCCCAUCAGACCAAAGCAAAAAACCAAACCAAAUUGUCCUUUGACAUCCU